UGGACCUGAAGGAGCAGGACUGUACCUGAAAAUGGAGAAUGACAGAACCAAAACUGAGGAGAGGUUGGCGAGCCUGUCAGAAGAUACCAAAGUAAAUGUGGAGGAACCUCCUCUGGAGAUUACUCAGCUGCAGGGCCUGUUGGUGGAGCUGCGCGAGGGGCUCCACGCGGCUCUGACUGAUCUCAGCGAGCUCCGCCAGAGGGACCGCGACCUGGAGGAGAAGCUGCAAGCCCAUCAGACCGAUGUGGACGAUAAGAUAAUGGGCCUGAAGAACUCGCUCAACUCAUUCAAGGAAGAACUGAAUGUAGCUUUGUUCCAUAUUGAGGAUGUUUCCAGCAGACAGGCAGAGGUGCAGAAGAGGACGGAGCUGCUGCAGUUUGAAAGCAACAAAGAUAUCAUUUCAGUUCCACACAGCAGAAGAAGAAGCUCCAGUGCUGACGCGCUAACACCACCGGAGGAUGAACACAUCUGUCCUCCCAGCCAAUCAGAUCUCAGCAUUUACCAGCACAGCGCAUCUCCACAGAGGAGCAAUACGUCCACACAAACUUCCACCUCCGAGCAGGAGGCUCAGCCGCAGCAGCAGAAACCUCCUGCAUUGGGCGAGAAGAGCAGCAACGGAUUUGAGGCCGAAAUCUCCAACAAUCAGACUGAAAACAAUAAGAGACAAAAAGCAGCGCUGGAGCUGCUGGAGUCAGAGAGAGUCUACGUGUCCCAUCUGUCUCUGCUACUGAAGGCCAACAUCUCCUUCAACGGAUCAGAGGCUCUGACGCCCAAAGACAAACGUCCGUUCCCCAGCUCUUUAAGGUUUCUCAUCCAGCAGCACCUCGAGCUCCUCCACACUCUGCAGGAACGUGUGCUCAAGCUCCAGUGGCAAGGCAUCAUGGGAGAUAUUUUCAUGAAGCUCACCAGCAAAGAAAGUGAUUUCCUGGACUUCUAUGUUUCCUACCUGAAGGAGCUUCCAGACUGCCUGUCAGUCAUCAAUCUGCUUGCUUCUAGCUCCAUGAAGACUUCAGUCUUUCUGGAGAGCGACAUCAUCGGGGAUGAAUCCAAACCAUCCCUUUACACGCUGCUCCUUCAGCCCGUGCAGAGGAUCCCAGAUUACCUGCUGCUGCUUCAGGGGCUUCUUAGACAAACAGAUACAGAUCACCCAGACUACUAUCUGCUGCUGGUGAGUAUCCAACAGUUCAGGUCCUUCACUGCGCAGUACCACCACCUCCUUCAGCACAACCAGGAGCUUCUGCUGCUCAACCGCAAGGAGGUGAAGAGGUCCACCAUGAAGCAGCUGUUAAAGACGGUGGAAACUGGGAUUCAAACCAAUAACAUCGGCUCGCCAUACCCUCGCAGCAAUGCAAUGCUGGAACAUGCCAACAUGGUGAGGCGCAGGAAGCAGUGUCUCCUGGAGCAGAUUCAGUCCCAUCGUUUCCAGGACUGGAAUCGUAAUCAGGACCCUGAGAAACAUUGUUACGAAACAGAGUGGCCGUCCCACCUGCCACUCUUCAGCUCCGAUCUGGACUCAAGGACUCAAAAGCCAACAGGUCUCGGCAGCAUCCCAGAGAGUGAGGCGUCAGAGAGACCCCACGAGCACAAUCUGCCCUCCAGACCCUCUGAGUUCCACCACGUUCAGCCGGGCUCAGCUCUGGCUGAUGCCCUCGGAGAGUUCCUCCUGCCCCCAGACCCCCCAGGGAUGGAGGCCUUUUACGACGAGGACAGGGUCUCCCUUUGCGACGCGCCUCUCUUUGACCCUUGCUCCUCCGCCUCCUCAGACUCCUCCAUUGACAUUGCUUUCGUGAAAUGUCCCAAACCCCACUCAGCGCCGCACCACGCAGUGGCAACAAACAAGCCCACCGCCGUCUUUGGGAUGGGCGGAAGUCAUAGUUACGGCAAACUGCCUGGCCGGGGCUGCGUGUCACCAGAUGAAGCCGUGAUGACACGUCGCAAUCUGCACCGGCCCCUCCAGGCCAGCCAGCACAAGAGUAAGUCACUGAAUGGUCUGCAGAUGGAGAACUCCACGAGUGGCCUGGAUGCAGGGCCUCUGUCAGACCACCUCCAAAGGGGGGCACUGGGUAGCCACGCCAAACUGGAGCGUCAGGGCAGCAAGGGCAGCAAAUGUUCCACCCCGCCGCACAAAAUCCACAGCCCCCUGGGGAACGCCGACAAACAGAGCUCCGAUCUCCACGGACUGCUCAACAUUGACCCUGGUGACCAGUCAUGGAGGGACGAGUCAAAGUGGAUGGGCGGGGCCGAGGAGAACAACCACACACCCCUCAGUGAGAGGAGUCGCAAAGACAAGGGAGGAUUCAGGAGCUCCUUCAAGAAACUCUUCAAGAAAAAGACCGGUGAUGAAAAGAGGGAGAAAGGAGGCGAAAAAUCACGUGAAAACCAAAACAAUGCUGAGCAUGAAACGGUGGGGAAAACCCCCAAACUGGUUCAUCUGGAGCUGAACCGUGGCACUGCUGUAUAAAGUUAUAUACUGAAAGAGUUCAAUAUCAUGUAAAAAUCUAAGCCAUUAGGCAACAUUUCCACUAAAUAUUUUAAUGUGUAAAUACGUUUUUUUUUUCUUCUCUUUUCAAGACCGUCCUGCUCCUGGACUUUACACUGAAGGAAGAAACUUGAUUUAGUUCAUCCUUUGGUUCUUUGUUACAUUUAUGAUUAAAUUAUUUUCACAUUAUGUACACACCAAUGCUGAUUUAGCAGUAAAUAAGUGACAAAAGCA